ACGAUUCAGUUUCAAUUUACACCUUUAGUGCACUAGAAGUGUUCUCAAAUUUAGAGACUUAAAAGCGUAGAGUUAUUUUCAAUAUAAAAGGAUGACUUCGCGUGAAUACCCUAAGGUUUGGAGCACGUUUGAGAGAAUAACUAAAGAUGGAAAGACAUUAACUUUUGUGAUAGAAGAUAUUCCAGAAGAGGAAUGGAAUAAUGCCGUGGAAUUUAUGCUGGGAAAUUACAUACGCGAGGACGUUUGGUGGACUACAGCCGGCACAGCAGAAGACCCGGAUGCUAUACAAGAGUACCGAUUAUUACUAACGUCUAUCGUGAAGCAAAAGAUGAGCUUGGCAUGCUUUCUCUCAGAAAGCGACGGAAAGGAACGUACGCUCAUCGGAGUUAACAUGUGCAUGAUGCAGGAGAAAGACCACUUCGUUGAUCACAAUCCGCCUAAAUCAAAAGCAGGCUUACUCUCGCUAACCAUGUUCAGCGAAGCCAUGAAAGUGACAGCUAUUUACGACAAGUACGACGUAAGUAAAUAUCUCAUGGGAGCCGGCCUUUCUGUAUCUCCGGAAUACCGAGCCCAUGGAGUGGCUGUUGAGAUGCUCAAGUGCAGAAUGCAGCUAACUAAAGAAGUUGGUUUAAAUAUAACGGGUGGAAUAUUCACAAGCGCUUCAGCGCAGCGUUCCGCAGAAAAAGCGGGAAUGGAGUGUGUUUACCAAGUUCCGUAUAAAGAGUUCGGAGAACAGUGCAAAAUCGACUUUAAUACGACCACUGAAGAUCUAAAAAUAUUCGCAAUUAAAGUGGAAUAAACUUAAAAUGAUAUUUUAAAAUAACCAUAGAAAUAUCUCUCGAAAAUAUUAGAAUUACGCUUUUAUCGUAGUUGUAGACCUUUUACGACUUUAUAGUGCGAGAUUGUGGAGUACUUUAAAAUUAAUGUUCUUAUUAAAAGACAGACAAGUAUUCGUUCCUAUGCAUACUAUGAAUACUAAUGGAUGUUUUAUGUUUAAUGCAAAUGCUAUAAUGGACUUUGUACAACUACAAUAUUUUUAUUGUUAAAAUAAAAAUGUCGUCAAUAAAAGAGUAAAAACUUA